GCGAAACCCAUCCCUGGGAGAUGUCUUGCAGCGAUGGCGCGCGCCCGACACGUAAAUUCGGCACCAAGUCGCCGAAGAAGCUGUGCGUGACCAAGAGCGAGAACGGCGACAAGACGACGACGACGAUCAGCCACUGCGCCGGCCACCGUCACAAUCACUAUCAUCACACCCACCACCGCUUCCUGGACGGCGCCCAGCCGUCGGUGCACAAGCGCAAUCUCUACAUCGUCUCCUUCCCGCUGAUCCUGCUGUUCAACGUGCUGCGCACCCUGCUGUAUCAGCUGUUCGUGGUGUUCAAGUACCUGUACACCUCCACGUCCCAGCUGAUCCAGCGCAGGCAGGCGUCCAAGCAGACCUGUCAAUUGGAGAUUGUUGUAGGGCAGAACCCGGCGGAUGGUCGUUUGAUCAAUGGUAAUCGGAUAGAGAACGAGGUCAUGUCGCAAGUGCCUAGACGUCCCAUGGGGCCUGGUCCCGGGGAUCCUUUGCUGGCCAAGCAAAAGCACCAUCAUCGCCGAGCGUUCGAGUUUAUUAGCAAAGCGCUCAAGAUCGACGAGGACAAUGAAGGACAAAAGGAGAUGGCGAUAGAACUGUACAAAAAGGGAAUCGGAGAAUUGGAGAAGGGAAUAGCUGUGGAGUGCAACGGCGGACACGGCGAGGUGUGGGAGCACGCGCAGAGACUCCACGACAAGAUGUGUACGAAUCUGGCGAUGGCGAAGGACAGGCUCGACUUCCUCGUGAGUGUGCGUGAGCUGAGAAAGCUGGGUAUCAACAAUAGUAUCAACAAUCGCGCACCUGGAAAUAAAACGGACGGCGAACAUCCGGGAAAGCAUCUGAGGGCUCGCCGCAACGCGCACACUUUUCAAACCGCUCGAACUUCAUCCAACAUUAAUCACAAUAAGAACACAAACAAUAUACACACGACAGUUAACGCCGGACAGACUAUGUGUACCCAGAUUCCCAAGUUAAGGCCACGUUCACCAAAAAACUGUUUCGCUCAUACUACUGAAGCAUCCGGCAGGAAACUAUCGGUUCCUGGCAAGCGAAUGACAGGAACACCCCUAAGUAAGAGCCAGACGUUGCCUCGGAGCAUGGGCAGAUCGACGCCUAUUCAACCUUGCCACAGAACCAUGCCUAUCAAACCGUCCUCCACACCACCCUCUGUGAAAAGGCAGCUGUCUGUGCCGGGCAACGGUUCGCCUAUACGACGUCCAGGAACCCCCACUACCUCUAACAGUAACAGAAGCACGCCAACCAGAAAAGUACCUAUUUUAAAGGGUGUGGAUCCAAAACUCGCGCAAGUGAUUCUCGACGAGAUCUUGGAGGGAGGAGCGCCGGUGCAAUGGGAAGACAUCGCUGGUCAAGAGACCGCGAAGCAGGCUUUACAAGAGAUGGUGAUCUUACCGUCGCUGCGACCUGAGUUAUUCACCGGUCUGCGAACGCCCGCGAGAGGAUUGCUAUUGUUCGGGCCACCAGGAAACGGAAAGACAUUGCUGGCGCGUGCCGUUGCGACUCAGUGCAACGCAACAUUUUUCUCAAUCUCCGCCGCUAGUCUCACCUCGAAAUACGUCGGAGAGGGUGAGAAAUUAGUGAGGGCUCUGUUCGCUAUCGCGCGGGAGUUUCAGCCCUCCGUUAUUUUUAUCGACGAGGUGGAUUCGUUGUUGAGCGAGCGAAAGGAUAAUGAACACGAAGCUUCGAGGAGGCUAAAAACAGAAUUCUUAGUCGAGUUUGACGGUCUGCCGUGCAAUCCAGAGGAGAGAGUGCUCGUUAUGGCUGCUACAAAUAGACCGCAGGAAUUAGAUGAGGCUGCACUAAGGCGAUUCACGAAACGCGUGUAUGUUACGUUGCCCGACGUACAGACGAGGAUUGUGUUACUCCGAAGGCUCUUGGCCAAACAUAAUGAUCCAUUGACGCCGGAAGAGUUGAACGAGAUGGCACUUGUGACGGAGGGAUACUCGGGAAGCGAUUUAACUGGAUUAGCUAAAGACGCAGCGCUUGGGCCUAUCAGAGAACUGAAUCCAGAUCAGGUGAAGGAAUUGGACCUCAAUUCCGUUCGUAAUAUCACAAUGCAAGAUUUCCGUGAUUCCCUAAAGAGAAUUCGCAGAUCCGUUUCGCCGGCAAGUUUAGCUGCCUAUGAGAAAUGGAACUUCGAAUACGGAGAUGUGAGUCUUUGAUUUGAGAUAAGCCGCUCGAGCGAGAGGCUCCAGAAAUAAUCGUGCGUUUCAGUUAAAUUUAAUCUGCAAACUAGAACGGGACUAGAAGCGUUUCAAAGUAUCGAAACCAUGUGUGAAGAACCAUGUAAUCCCGUCAACACAAUAGUACGGUUCUUAUAUUUUUAUCCUGCCUUACAAACAAUUUUGAUGUUUACGAAAAAGACGGCAGUGAAAAGCUAAAGAAGAUAUUGUCCUUCAAAUCCUUAAUGGAUUUUUGUCUUUUUGAUGAAAAGUCGACAUACUUACUCAUCGUUAUCGCAUUUCACAUUAAACUUAGCAUGAUUUAGUAAUCGCAUAACGAAUCUUUUGCGACAAAUGAAACUUGGGCUCAGGUUCGAAUGAUUUAAUGUCAAAUGUAUCUUGAAAAAUAUGUUUCGCAUUAAUUUUAUAAAAUAUAUAAUGUGCUCCAUGUGUUAUAUCCGGCGUGAGAUCGGACUUACAAUUUACAGUUCAAUACAUAGCUUUAAUGUUUACCAGUUCGAUAUUGAAGAAGGCGCGUCUUUAUUAUUUAUGCUUAUUUAUAUACUCAUUAUCCUUACGAUUUACAGUUCCUUUGUAACGGUUGGCAUUUGAAAUCCGUACUAAUACAGUGCUGCUUAUUACGAUAAUUUGCAUUUAAUAUCAGAGUGUUGGCAAUUAACGCGUUAGACACUUGAAAAAUAAGCAUUUAAAAGAAUGUGAUUAAGAGCACAUAGUUCUGCAGUUAGAGGGAAUGUAUCCUUUUAAAGUUGUAAAUACUUUUAAUUAUUGUCGUUUAUAAAAUUGACACGAGCAAGUUGAAUACAAUACGCAUGACCCGACUCGUUAUUAGAGCAGCAAUAGAAAGACUACAUUUGCAAACGGAACGGUGCACGUCCAAAACAGAUAAUAAAAAAUAUGAUCUAUCAAUGACACAUGUAAGAAGAAGACAUUAUAGUUGCGUAAUUACCAUAUUCGUAUGACAUAAUAGAAUAUACAAAUAUGCAAACAAGUAUCUCCGUAAUAUCCGUGAAAUCGAACGGAAAAUAGUAAAUCUCAUCUUACGCGCGUCGAUUUUGUAUAAAUUGCACUAAUAGGUGCGCCCUUCAAGUGAAGUUUCGAAUGUUAAUCUUGUUACGUUUGAUACCAUUUCGAAGAUUCGUUUGAUAUUUAUUGAUAUAAUGCGUUAGGAGUCACGCGGCCAUCACGAUGUAAAGACCCACGGGCAAAGGAAAAAAAAAGCGAUGAUCUGAGGAAAGGGGAGAAUGUGAGAGAUUCUGUUUUAAUACAAAAUUCUAUAAGACAACGAACUGAGAAUCUAAUCUGUGCUAUAUGAAAUCCUAAGUAUUUAUCUAUAAGGAUUACGCGUAAGCUCGACAAACAUUGUUAUCGUAUACACAAGAGAAUGAAAGAAAUCAACAUAUAUAUACAUAUAAAUAUAAAACAUAUACGGACACAUGAUUUUUAUGACAUUUAUCUAUUGCUUCCGAUGCUCAAAAGUAGAAUAACUAUGCAUGUAUAAUGUAUUAAACAAAUUAAUAUAUUCAACACGGAACUAUAUUAUAACACGCUGCAACUACAGUAUAACACGAAUUGAUUAAUCAUCCCGGAUCAAUGGCGAUCAUCCGUGAUAUCGUAGUGGUAGGGUAACGUCCCUAGUAGUUUUGUAGAGUAUAAGAUUUACCGUAACACACUUUAUUAGAUAGCGAAUUAUUUUCCAAUGAGUUUCACUGCAUACAAUUCUCCUCUGAUACAGCGGAAGAAUAGAAGAUGUUAUUUGCAAAGAAAAUUAUUAGUUAUUUAACAAUAGACCUCUCUGUGUAUGAAAUAGAACACGAUGCGUUCGUUAAAUAGAUAUAUUCCAUAGUAGGUAAAGCAUAAGAGGUAAAAUGUAACUCUUUACUUCGCGACGCGUAAAUCUGACAUUUCGAGAUUCGCACUGUUGUAAUUAUAAAAAAAAAUCGUGUGAUGCUGAACAGCAUUCAAGAGCUGUGAUGUUACUGCGACGACAAACUUGAUACUUUCGCGGCGCUUUAAUAUGUAUUUAAAUGCACACAAGAAUGCGAUAUAUAUAUACAAAUAUUCUCGUGAAUCAUAAUUCUGGGUCUUUCCGGGAAAUUUAUUAAUUUUUCUAGAUGGGAGCGUACGAUACCGCGAUGAGGGUUCGAUUUAUUUGUGUUCUCUUUUUAACGCGUUAACAUAUGAACGGAGCUUCGGCAUCGUCACGAUGCUGACUCGACAGUUUUAUCUCCAAAUUACUUUGUGAUAUUAGUUUUUUAUAUUAAUCUUUGCGCACUGCCUAUGUAGAUUAUAAUAUUGUACGUUGUAUUAUAUAUGAUAUUGCAAAAUAUGAAUUACGUUAGUUAUAUUAAGUUUGAAGUUUAUGAUGAUUUUGCACAACAAAUUGUUUCGCAUAUGAAGAUGAAUUAUUCAAAGACCCUGGCCUUCUAUUGUGGGACACGCUGAGCCUUGAUUAAGUUAUUUUGCUACUUUUAUAACGUAUAACGGUAAAACAAAAAAUUGAGUAAGAAUAAUAAUCGGGUAUAAUGUUUACGCUAAAUAUUAUACCGUUUAAUCUAAUGGUAAAUACAUGAGCUGCAAGUUAAAAAGGAAAAUGUUUGUGCAUGCGAGAAACUUCUCCCUGUUAAAUAUUAUCUUUCUGUGGUUUUGGCGUCAUAUUUAACUGUUUUACAAGUGAUUGUAUCGACAACUUGCAAGUAUCCACAACCCAUUAAUUAAUAUUGGUGUAUUUUCCUGUGACAAAUUUAUCAAAUUACUCAUGAUUUUCAUUAACUUGUAAUCAAUCUUUUCCAAGAGAGAGAGAAAGGUGUGACCCGUAUACAUCCAGCAGUAUUAUAGAGUACUUUCAGUAAGUUACAUUGUAAAUUACACGUUAGAUUGCCACGUAAAAUUUUUACCAAGUGUUCUUUGGUAAUGUAUACUAUUCUAACGUUCGUAAGUUCGCGAAGGUUGAUGAUGGCGAAACGACUCUUGUAUCGAAACAUUAAAAUAAAAUUACACCAUGGUCUUUUCUUGCAUCAUCAAUGAGCAUGAAAUUCUUUCAUUUUUGCCUACGUAUGCGUAUUUGCCUUUCAAUAUUCAUCCACAUUCGCGAACUCACGAACAGUAUAAGCGUAUCUUUAUACCGUGGUAGUCAACGUCCAACAGAGUAAUUAUUACAUAUCUAUCCAAUAGAUGUUCACCAUAGUAACUCGAUUAAAUCCCUAAUGUAAGAUUAGUACGGCAGAAUUGUACAAAACUGUAAAACGACGGUAUUUCAUCGGUGAUUGAUUCGAGGAAUGCGUUUUUGAAACAUGUAAUAAAUGUGCGUACAAAUUAUUUCCCCAUAUUCGCGCUUCUUCUCACAAGCGAAGCUUUAAAAAUAAUCGACUCGCAAUUUCUUUUCUUUUUUUCUUCCCUCAUUUCGUUAGUCCGACAUUUAAGAGGCAUGAUUCUCGUAGGAACAUCAUGUAUAGGAAAUAAUUAUUUACAAUGUUCCAAGCUUUUUCCUUUAUCAAUAGAUGGUACUAUUAUGCGAAUACCGGAAAAGGUCGUAAACCUUGGCGUAAUAAAGCGAUAUGAAUGUUAUUUUUCGCAUGAAUCGUCGUGUUGAAACGUCCGCAAGUGAUUCCUCGAGAAUAUCUUUCCAAUUAUUGCGGAUGGUCGUUGUAAGAGUGUAUUGAUUGCAAAAUAAAACCGUAUUACAUGUA